AUGAAUGUUGCUAUGCAGACCAUACUUAUCAUCACUAUAUACAUGGAAAUCAUUAUUGGUUAUAUAGGAAAUGGAUUUAUAGCACUGGUGAACUUUCUGUUCUGGGUCAAGACAAAAAAGAUCUCUUUAUUUGAUAAAAUUGUCACUGCUUUGGCAAGCUGCAGAAUUGUUCUGCUCUUUGUGAUACUAAUAUUUCAGGUGAUACACGUACAUUUCUCAGAUCUGUUGCUAAACAUAACAUCUGCAAGAAUAACUACUAUUAUCUGGGUAACAGUCAAUCAUUUUAACUCCUGGUUCUCCACAAUUCUUAGCAUCUUUUAUGUUCUCAAGAUAGCCAAUUUUUCUCACCCUCUUUUUCCUUAUCUUAAAUGGAGACUUACAAAAGUAGUGUCAUGGACAUUUCUUAUUUCUUUACUCCUUUUGCUUUUAAAUAUUGUAGUUUUAAACGUAUGUAUUAAUGUUUUCAAUGAUGGAUCUAUAAGAAAUAUAUCUGACACUUCAAAUUGGGGAAACAUUAAAAAUCUUUACAAACAUCUUGUUUUUGCCAGCUCUAUGUUCACAUUCAUACCUUUUACGAUGUGCCUGGCAACAUGUCUCCUGCUCGUCUUCUCCCUGUGGAAACAUCUGAAAAGGAUUCAGCACAAUUUCAGAGGAUCCAGAGAUGUCAGCACUAUAGCACAUAUAAAAGCCUUGCAAACUGGAGUUGCCUUCCUGCUGCUAUAUACUAUGUUUUUAUUCUCUGUUUUUGUGCAAGUUUUGAGCUUUGAAUUGCUUGAUGAAAACGUGAUCAUUUUAUGGGACCAGGCUACUACAACUGCUUUUCUUUUAGGCCAUUCAUUUGUCCUGAUCCUAGGAAACAAUAAAUUGAAACAGACCUCUGUUUUGGUUUGGAGAUGGCUAAAGUGUAGGUUGAAAGAUACAGAACCAAAGAAUUCCAAACACAUUUUGGGAAUAUCUUGCAUGUUUUAG